CGGAAGUCGGCUGAGGGAGAGGCUGCUGCACCUGCAGGAGGAGGAGGAGGAAGGAAAAGAACGAAAGAGGGAGAGGAGCUGCGCCGCGUCGGAACAGCUGCCGGCAGGUUCCCCCGAGGCUGCGAAAGCUCCGGGCGAGGUUUGCUCCGGACCCCUCCGAAUCCCCGUCCCCCUUGCAACUGGCGCCACGGCGGACAGGGCCGCAGGCAGCCAAGCCAUGGCGGAGUCCACGACCGCCAUGGGAGCCUCUUCGACGGUCACCGAGACGGAGGUGACGGAGCCGGAGAAUCGCAGUCUCACCAUCAAACUGAGGAAACGGAAACCGGCCAAGAAAGUGGAAUGGUCAAGUGACACGGUGGACAAUGAGCACUUGGGACGCAGAUCUUCCAAAUGCUGCUGCAUCUACGAGAAGCCGCGGGCGUUUGGCGAGAGCUCCACAGAGAGCGAAGACGAGGACGACGAAGGUUGCGGCAACGCUCACUGCAUCCGGGGCCACAAGAAAGGCCAGCACGGGAAGGGGCGGGGCAAAGCGGGAGACCCCAGCCCCUCGAAGAGCUGCCCCCAGAAGUCAGAGCCACCUGACCAUAACCACGCCGGGGCGAUGCAGCAUUGAAACCCUCCCUGCCCCGAACAGGGACUGACACUGCCCCAACUCAGGGGCAAGGGGGAGGGAGGGGAGGGCCUGCACAUUCAGCUACCCAUCCGUCUUGUGCUGGCGCUGGUGCUGCCUCGGUCCCAGGGCAAGGGGAGGGGGAGGGAGGGGAGGGGAGGGCACGCGCAUCCAGCUCCCCACCUGCCUUGUGCCAGAGCUGCUACUGUUGUCUGUCUGUCUAUCUGUGGCUGGUGAGUCCGUCUGGUGACACCCACCCUCACUCCACCCAACGUGGAAUGUAUUGAGAGAGAGAGAGAGCCUGCUGGGUUUCUUGGCUGAAUUUUUGCUCCCACGCUUCUUCAUUAAAUAUUUGCAUCAGUGAGAAACAAGGUGGGAAACGGGUGCUGCUUCAGAAAAGGGCAGCGAUGGGGCUGUGCCCGAGCUCCUAUCGGACAUGCAUGCCUUCUUGCUCCCCGUUCCCGGCUUUGAGUACCCUUCCGUCACACCUCCGUUUUCUGCCUCCCCUUGUCCUUCCCCAGCAAUCUCCUUCCCUAACCAGCCCAGUUCUAACGCUCGAUGAUCUUCAUUCUCUUUCGCUCUCACCCUGCCCUCUUUGAUCCCUGUUGGUCCCCCUCCCACUUCUCCCCCCCCCAUACUCCACUCUUGGCCUCCCCACUGCUGCAGGGCCACUGCUUUUGACACACAGCUGCCCUGAGGGUGCAAUUGUGGGCUUUACCCACCGUCCUAAACUUUUCCACGAGCCAUCGGUUCCUCCUCUGCACUGCUACAACAACUGUGAUUAGUUGUCUUCAGUUGUGUCCUUCUAAGAGGGCACCCUUCCCUUCCACGAUUCCUUUUUUUAAAAAAAACAAAAAACCAAACCCAACAAUGUUUCUUUUUCAUUAUGUUAUAGAAGGCUGUGAUAUAUUUUCUUUUAAGUGGGGCUGGGGAGAAAAGGAAGGAAAUCAGGGUGGGUGCACUUUACUCAUGAGGUGAUGGGUUCAGAAACUGGUGCUGGAGUUGGGGGAGAGGUGUUGUGGACAUGGAAGGCGGCUGAGAAUGAUGUGCUAUGGUACACUCUGGCAUCUGCCCAGGGAGCAAGGUUGGUCCUCGUUUGGAGAAGGUCCACGAUCGAAUAAAACAGAUCCUGAUCAGCUUUCACGGUGAAGUGGAGCGUCAGCAGAAGGUGGACUUCAUGACCUUGCAUGAAGAAUACCAGCCUUCUGUUCACUUUCCAUCCUAUGGCUGCAGGAUCAUACUAAACGAGCUCCCCCCACCUCCUGAAAACUCACAUGACCGCAAAGGGAUCCUGGCAUUGCGAUGUGAGGCAGGGGCACCUUCCCUUGCAUGACUCACAGAUCACUCUGUCGCUCUCACUGCCCACGGUUUCAUGAAAAAAGUUCUGGGCUGAAUUUUUCAGUUCUCUGUUUUGUACAGCCUCGAACCCUCUCUGGCCCUUGUGUGCCAAUGUCGGCUUGCUUCUAAUUAAAAGUCGCGCUACCCCAGAGAACCACAUGGCAAAGCGUUUCCCACAAGGUUUUGAGCUAGUUAGGGGGCCUCUGCCUGGCUUGGAGAACUCAUUUUCAGCAGCAUUUCUCCAGCUUCUGAUGGCUGAGGCAUAGGCCUGUUUGAAUGAAAACUUGGGAGGCACACGUCACACUCUGAUCUGAAAAGAUUCUCUGCCAGGGAGUGAACGCAAGUGGUGCACGGUUGCUCUCAAAGCUUACCCCAUCCAUUUCUGCAUCAGUCACACCCUUGAGCAAGAACACAUUGCAGAGCAGGAGAUUGGAGAUGCAAUGGUUUGCCACCACCUCCUCUCUCAGCAAGUGCUUUGGGUUCAGGGAAGCCUCUUGAUGAAUUUCUUUUGUGCAACACGCUUUCAUUCCCGUAGCACGGUGUUCAGAUUGCCUGAUGGGUAAAGUGGGCCUAACCACCCUCUUUUGUGCUAGCCCUCCUUGGCAGGCACAAUUUGGCCCAAAUCAAGGGAAUGUUGGGGGUGUGGGGCUUGAGGAUUUCAUCACUUGGGGCCCUACAUUCCCCCAGUAAGUUGGAACACAGUUUUGGAGCAACUACGCUAGGGUAAGCCACAGAUUUCUGUACAUGGGCAGGGUGAGGAACUUCAUAGGCGAGUCAUUAUUCUGGUGUUAUUAUUGGCCUGUCCUGUUUGGACGAAGGAAGUGUGGUGACAUGUUCAGCCGGUCACAAGACGGGAGGCUGAGCAAGUGCCUAUUGGCCACAAGACGGGAGGCUGAGCAAGUGGGACCGCUGAGCUUGUAGCCACAUGCAGUUGCUCUACAAAUAAUAAGCAUCCCCAUUUACCGGCAAAAAAGAGGGGGGGGCGAAAUGCUCCUUAGCGGAAUUGCUUUCUCUCCUGCCUUGCCCUAGGAAGAAAAUUAGAUGCAGCAGCUUAAGAAGAUGCCCCCGGAGUUUAAAAUACAAAUGCCUGCGGGUUUGUACAGGCAUCUUUGCUUCCUUGGUCACUCCGGUAGCCCUAAGUCCUGUGCUGCUCAACCAGCUUAUAAGAUACGCACCCAUCUCAAAUGUAUUGCAACCCCAAAUGCCGAUUUUUGUCAAGCUCAUUACAAAUGGCAUACAUUA